AAACUCCCACCCUCUCUCAUUCACUCACUCACUUCAGGCUAGUCCGUCCUCUCUGUCUCUACUCUCUUUCACUCUCUCUCUCUCAAAAGGCAGAGACAGAAGUCAGAGCGUUUCACACUGACAGCCACAAAUACCCACAGCACUUAAACCAGGGAGAGGGAGAGGGAGAGAGAGAGAGAAACUGCAAAUCCAAACUUUACUGAAAAAGAGAAACUUUUUGCUUGUCUCUGAGAAUUUUCUCAAGGAGGAAAAGAGAUACUGUAUAUUUCAAGGAAUUAACUUUCUCCACAAAACAAGAAGAGAUAGAGACAGAAAAGGCAAAUAAAAGAAAGAAAAGCUGAGUGUUUUGGGGGAAAGAAUCAUCACCUGGUGACAGGAUGCCUGCACGCUUGCUGAAAGGAGUUUGUUUGGUACUUUGCUGGAUUAUAGUGAGGAGUUCCCCAACUCCAGGAUCUGAGGGGCACAGCUCAGUGAAUGACUGUCCAUCUUGUGCCCUUGCAAGAUUUCAAAAGGAUGUGCCCAGUUCUCAGAGUGACAUGGUGGAGGCAGUUAAGAAGCACAUAUUGAAUAUGCUGCAUUUAAGAGACAGACCAAACAUCACACAGACAGUGCCUAAAGCAGCUCUCUUGAAUGCCAUUAAGAAACUACAUGUGGGAAAAGUGGGAGACGAUGGGCAAGUUCAAAUUGAGGAUGUCAUUGCAGGAAGAGCAGAAAUGAAUGAAAUCUCUGAGCAAACUUCAGAAAUCAUCACUUUUGCUGAAUCAGGACCAUCCAAGAAAAUACUGCGCUUUGAAAUUUCCAAAGAAGGUAGUAACUUUUUAAUUAUUGGAGAAGCGGACCUUUGGCUCUUCCUAAAAUUGUCCAAGGCGAAUCGAAGUCGCGCCAAACUGACUAUACGGUUGUACCACCUGCAAAGAGGUCAGAAAGACCAACGUGGAUCUGAGAACAACAAAAGUGAACUGCUUAUUGCAGAAAAAGUAGUGGAUACAAGGAAAAGUGGAUGGCAUACAUUUCCAAUAGCUGGCAGCAUCCAGCGUUUACUUAAUCAUGGCAAAUCAACCAUAGAUAUCAGAGUAGCAUGUGAUCAAUGCCAGGAGGCAGGGGCUACACCUGUCUUGCUUGGAAAACGUAAGAAAAAGGAUGAUGAAGACAAAGAAGCAGGAGCAUCUGGUGUUGAGGAAGAAAAGGAGCAAUCUCAUAGGCCUUUCCUAAUGAUUGUUGCCCGGCAGACAGAUGAGCAUCCGCACAGAAGAAAAAAACGUGGCUUAGAGUGUGAUGGCAAAGUUAGCAUUUGUUGCAAGAAGCAUUUCUAUGUCAGCUUCAAAGAUAUUGGUUGGAAUGAUUGGAUCAUAGCACCUCCUGGCUACCAUGCCAAUUAUUGUGAGGGAGACUGCCCUAGCCAUUUUGCUGGAACUACUGGCUCUUCCUUGUCUUUUCACUCCACAGUUAUAAACCAGUACAGACUGAGGGGCCAGAGCCCCUUCACCAGCAUCAAAUCCUGCUGUGUGCCCUCUAAGCUUAGAGCUAUGUCCAUGUUGUACUAUGAUGACGGUCAGAAUAUAAUUAAAAAGGAUAUUCAGAAUAUGAUUGUGGAGGAAUGUGGCUGCUCGUAAAGUAAAGAAAAUAGAGCACUGUCAUUGUCAGCAUUGCAAUCAAAAUACACUAAUCAAGAGAAGUGCAAACGGACAAAGAUCAAAAGUCAGAGUUAUCUGGGUUUGGGGGGUGAACUUGAUUCAUAGUUACCAGCCUGCAGCAAUUUUUAUCCAAACGUGGACACCACUUUUUUAAGCGCAACUGUGGAUUUUAUUUUAAAUAAAAGCACAAGAACAAAUAUAUAGCUAUUUAUACAAUGUUUGUGUAUCUCUUGGGUACUUCAGUUAGUAUACAGGCAGGUAUACAAAUGUGUAUAAAUAGGUACACUGUAUAGAUAUCCAGAGAGUCAUGUUUGAUGCCAUGUUGUCAGUCAGCAGUUCAUAGUUUCAGAAGAGUAAAUACAUUGCGCAGGUGAUCUCACCUUCUUCCUCUGCACUAUCCUUGCAAAAGUAGACAAAAAUGCAGAAAAAAAAUUACAAAGUUAAAUUUCACUACGGUGCUGAUGAUCUUAGAACUAUGCAACUUUUUGGGUUUGAAAACCGUUUACCUGAGAAUUAAAAGAGAGACUUUUUCAGUGGAAGUAACGUAAAUAUUUUUGUUCUUUCAUGAGAGAUACUUGAAAGGAACAUGUUGGUCCAGGUUCUGGAUUCAAACAUUUCUAUAUUUUGUUUAAAAAAAAAAAAGAAAAAAGAAAAAUGUAAAUGUUUCUUUUUUUUUAAUUUGCACUACAACAGUAUUUGACCGCCUAAUAUUCUUAUUUAACAAGUAUUUUCGAGAGAGGUUUUAUGAGCUGCACUUAACAUGAGCUAUAUCAGAACUGCUACAGCACACAGCAAAAUAGCUAUUUUUAUGACUAUUUUCAUUUUUUUUCUACCUUCAGUGAUACACCUACACCAAAGACAUUAGUGUGGAGACUUAACAGUCUGCCUGAUGACAAUCACAGGCAGAUAUGAAAGAAUAUAUUUAAAGGAUCAAAUGUAUAUAAAAAGUUAUUAAAAGCCAAAAUUGUAUAUUCUAUCUAGAUUCAUUUAUGGGUAACCGUGCUGGUUUGAAAUAUUUUUUUCCUUUUCUAGAAGGAGAAAAAAAGCAUUUCAGCAACUAAUGUGUCUGGCCUUGUUUGGCCUUAUUUUGCCCACUUUACACACUGGGUAGAAAAAUGAUCAGCAUGAUGCUGAAAUAUGUUGCCUCUUUUUUAUGCUGAACAAAAUGCAGUUGUUUUUAAGAUAAAAUGCAAGCUUUAUACUGUAUAGCAGAUCUUUUCCUCCAAAUUAUCUCAAAUUCUAACUGAUACAGUGUAUUUUACUGCAUUAUUAAUUAGCGGCAUAAAAAUCAAACACUGCUUAACAAAUGCCACUAUUCUCGUGGCAAAACCUAAAAUCGUAUUGCAGAUGUUAAUUAACAACAAUAAUCAAUGGAUCAUUAAUGACAAUUCGAAGUGAGAAUAGUAGUGUGGUUUUUUUUUUUUUGAACCGUGGCAACAGAAAAAAUUCCGCCAUUUGUUUUGGACAAUUUCAAGUGUUUUGUAAGUAUGUAUAUGUGUAUAAGAGCAAACAGAUUUUUUUUCCUUUGUAUAAUUAUCAAAACACAUACUUGUAACUAUUUUCUAAUUUAUUCCACAGUAUUUAGCUUGCAUUGUAAAGCAAAUGGUGUAUUCAUGUAUUUGUCUUUUUUAUACAAGUACAUUUUUUCUGACUUGUUUGCAGUUUGCAAAGAAAGGAAAAGAAAAGUAGAACAUAUUGUAAUAUUUUACACUGAUGUAUAUAUACAUAUAUAUAUAUAUGUUAAGUUGAUUUCAUUUGGCAAAAUUCCAAUGAUCAAAUACACUUGUGUAUCAUAAAGGCAGUAGGUGGAAGGAAUGAAAUACACUAUACCACUGUGUUGUGGUUGAUGUCAGAUAACAGCAUUUGUUAUUUGGGAAAAGUUAACUUUUAUUACUAUGAAUGAUUUUUUUUUACCACUAUCUAAAAUGGUAAAAUUCCUGUAAAGCACUUAUGUGCGCAUACAGUACACUAAAGCAGUAAGUAACUGUUCCUCUACAUCCUUACAAAAUAUGAAAAAAGAAAACAAAUACAGUUUGCCCGAGGCAGUGCCAAAUCACUACUCACGCAGUCUGUUUCCCACACAUUUUGAAAAAAAAAGCAUUCAGACAAAUAAAAAUAUACAAUUCAAUCUUUCAUAGACUUUAAGGAUUCAUGUAUAACACUAUUUAAGUCACUGUUUAUACCUCAUGCAGAGUUUGAAUUCAGCCCUGUUCAUCCUAGUUUAAUCUGCAGACUCCAGUUUUUAAUAGAAACUUAAGUCAAAUUGCUUGAUCAUCUAAAUGCAGAGAGCAAUUGUUAUUUGAAAACAGCAGUUAGAAAUAAAAGGGCUGGAGAAUGUGUGGCAAUGUUAUAUAGAUAAUUCACUAAAAUGCCUUUUAUAACAUGCCACAAUUUGUUAAAAUUACUAAACUACCUUUAGGAAUGUUAGCCUCUACCUUGUAGCCUUCAUACACAUAAGACAACUGAACCUAAAUAUGAUUAGAUUACACUUUUGAUGCCUUUAUUGUCUGUACAAAUUUGUUCAGCACACAAACAGUCAGAAUCCUGUUGAAUAUUGUAGCUUAAUAAAUUAAGGUGCAUUAGGAAAUACUUGGCGGCCAGAUUAUAUGAUGUCUGAUUGACAAUUCACUGUGGCAUACAGUAUAUGCAUUUACUCACUUAAGAAUUCAAGUAGUAACACAUCAUCAAUGUAUUUGGGAGCAGGUGCUGUUAUAUAGAAACAGCAGACUCUCAAACUCAUUUUAAUGAGAUUCUGUUGAUUAUGAUUAUACCAUCUACAAAGUCAGACGCAUGUAAUGUCCCUGUAAAUGUAAAAGGAAAUAUGAAGACAGUCUAUGAACAAAAAAAAUAAAUAAUAGGAGAAGUGAUGAAGGUGUGAAGGUGAUGGAAAAGAAAAUAAGAACCUGUUAGCUAUGGGCCUAAGACAGAGCUGCAUUUAUAACAUAUCUUAAAGCCGGACUGUUCUUGGCCAAGUUAUACCAAUAGCUUAUUCAUUGAUGGUUCAAGUAGAAAGUGGCAAAAAAAAAAAUGCUUGAUAACAUGAGAGAAAGCGGAUGUUAAUCAAGGCUGACCACUGGGAACAGCAUAAAGAAGAGUUUAUUUUAAUGAAAUCUUUAUGUCUACAAAUAGCAAUAGAAAUUGUUACCACAUUUUACUGGUUUUGUAGAUCCUGUUAUGCUCAAAACAACCACCCUUUUAAGGUAGCUGUGCAAAAAACUAAUUAUGUGUAAAUGCUACCACAUUUUUUCUGAAUGCUCAAAUCACUUUCCUUAUCCCUAAAUGAGCUUUUCCUCAUUUUUCUAAAACAAAAUCAUUUCUAUUCGCCUGACACAAAAUGUUUGUAGAAAAUUAUCUCCAAGACCCAUUUCUUCUUUAAAUUUCAAAUUUGUGUAAAUGUAAGGCGUCAUCAACAUAGUUUGGUAUUCUAGAAAUAACUCCACUUUUCCUCAAUCUGGUAUUGCCCUAUAACUUGCAGCUGGAAAUUCUGUACACACAUUUCAUCCAUUUCUUAUCAUAAUAAGAAUAUUCAUUAGGAUUUCCAUGCUGUUACAUGUAAUAGGAAUAUAAAGUCAUUACAUUAAUCAUUGUUAAUUUGACAUAUUCAAUACUCUUGUAGUAUUGCAAGGUGGCCUUUCAGUGCCUAUAAGAUGUAAUAAUUGCUUUAAACUGAGGCUUAUAUUUUGGAGAAGAAAGUGUUGGCUCUGAUGAUGUAAUGUUGAAAAUGAAAAGAAAUUUCCACUUACGAAAAAAAAAGAUUAUUUAUUCUUCUAGGUUACUAUAUCAUAAAAUGUAUUUAUUUUGUAUGAUAAACAAAACAACAUUGUAAAUCCCUAAAUAGUUUCAUACUUCUUUACACGUUUAACUUUAGUGACCAACUUAUUCUCAAUAAUUAUGUUAUGUGCAUUCCACUUUUUUUUUUUCAUUUUGUUUUUAAUUGCUUUAACCAAUGUCCAUUCUGCUUUAUGUAAUUAAAAUUGUUAAUUUAUAUGAGGAGAACAUUUUCAACUAUGUCAAUGGUUUCUUAAUAUUUAUUGUGUAAAAGACUGUUUUUUUUAUUUACAGUUUGUUGAAAGAGAUAUGUUUGCAUUUGUUUAUAGUAGAAAUUAUUUAUUUUGACGGCAUUCCAUUCAGUGUGUUUUACAUGUGGAAGGUUUGCUAGUUGUACAUUUUAGUGGGAAAUACUCAGCAGCUCCUAGUAGAUUUUAGGGUUUAUGAUUUUUUGUCUAAAGAUCUGUAUGGAAGUUUUUCUUCCUCUCCCUUUUUAAAAACCGCAAUGGUUUGCCAUGCAAACAUGGAGUCAACUAGCUGACGUUGUUAAGAAGGGAGGAUCUGAAAACAAGAACGACUCCUGAAAUAAGGUUAUUUUUUAUAUUUGUGCAAGAUGUUUGAGUCAGUACUGGUUAAAUCUGAAUCUUUUGUUAUCUUGCCCUUUGAAAACUGACAAAAUAAAACAACUUAAGUGAACUAAAUAAAGGGAGUUUCACUGAGAAA